AUGCGAAAUAGUGGUGUCACAGUGCUAGCUGAAGCAAUGCACAUAUCAAGUAUGAAGGACUUAAACCCCAAAUAUGCAAAUCUGUCAUAUUUUGGGGUUAUUGAGCACAUUUGGGUGUUUGAUUACGAGAAUUUUAAGAUUCCUAUCUUUGGUUGCAAGUGGAUAAAUAGUAGUGGCAUACGAAUGGAUAAGUCAGGAUUUCUGCAAGUUGAUCUUAAUAGGGUGGGGUACAAAGACGAGCCUUUUAUUCUAGCAUCUCAAGCUAAACAAGUGUUUUAUGUUACUGACACGACGAGUACGAAAUGGUCUAUAGUGCUUUUAUCUAACAAAGUGGCUGAUGAUACCGGUGUAGAUCAAGGUGAUAUUGAUGUUGAGAAUCAGUCAAGUGUUAAACAGAAUGAUCAAGAUGAGAAUAGUAUAACGGAUGAAUCAUAUAUCAGAAAGGAUCAUGAUGAGGGAAUUUGGAUCAAUUCUGACGUCCGCGUUGCUGAGAAACAAUUAUUUGUAUAUGUGUCUAUGACUAGUAACGAGGAUCAACCACAUGAUGAUGCUAUUGAUGAUGGAGAUCAUGACAACAUUGUUGAUCAGGAAGCGGAAAUUAGAAGAGGAAUAACACUUAUGAAGAGAGUCAUUCGUUAUAGAGACCGAGGCAUACUAUUAGAUGCGCAUUGGAGCGAAAUUGGCCUACUAAUUGAGCCGAACGGUUCAAAGAUUACAAGUUUUAUUGGUGCACUCGUAAGGAAUGCAAUUCCAAUUACUUGUGAUGAUUGGAGAGAUACAAAUUUGGAAGAAGCUAAAGACAAACUUUGGAUUGAGAUACAGAGGAGUUUCAACAACAUGGAGGAUAAUAGAAGAAAAAUUUGUCUCAAAUUGGCCGGAAGACUACUAAGAGGGUUUAGGACUUUUUUAACAAGGAGAUAUCUUAAGGAUGCGAAUAAAAUUUUUGUUGAUGCAGAGUAUCCAGAAAGAUAUAACAGUUUGAUUGCACCUGAAGAAUGGGUAACGUUUAAAGCAAAACGAAAAAACCCAAAUUUUCGGAGUAGAAGUGAAACAAAUCGGCAAAGAGCAUCAGGUCCCCCAUAUCCAUACAGAAAAGGGCGUAUGGGAUAUGGACGCUUAGAACAGUCUAUUUUAACAAGGGAGAGUAGUUCUGAAACAUCUGUUCCACCACAUGUUUUGUGGAAGGAAGCCCGUGUGGGAAAGGAUGGAGUUGUCAAAGAAGAUGUUCAAAAAGUUUUUGAAAAAUGCGAGACUCUAUCUUAGUCUAUAUCUCCAGAUGAAGGCAAUGAUUGCAUGAGCAUACUUAGCCGCGCAUUAUAUAUUCCUGAAUAUUCUGGUCGGGUGAGGGGUGAGGGAUUUGGAAUCACUCCAACAUCCUUGAAGAUGAAAAAACAGAAGGCUCCUAGCAAUAGAGAACUACAGGAAACCUUGUAUGCACUACAAGCUGAAGUCCGCGAAUUGAAAAGGGAAAAAGAAUUAAGAGAGCAAGCUUCAGGUU